UUUCUCACCUAAUACUUAUCUAAUACAUUUAAUGCAAGAUUACAUUAAAAGACUUGCUUCCAUUUGUGUGGCUCCAUGUGGCUGUUCUUGCUGCUACUUUGCAGCCUUCCAUUUGCUUUCAUUUGCAUUACAUUUCAACCUCAUUUCACCAACAUUUCAUCAACAUUUUGCAGCAUAGUUUGCUGCACUUUGUUGCUACCAUGCUUUGGUGCAGCUCUCCCUUCAUUUCAUUUUGCUACCACUUGUGCGAAUCUCUUUCCAUUUGGAGCUAUGGUGUCAAAGUUGCACAAGUGGCAACAAAAUGAAAAAAAGGGAAAGCUGCACCAAAGCACGGUAGUAUUAAAGUGCAGCAACCUAUGCUGCAAAAUGUUGAUGAAAUGUUGUGAAAUGAGGCUGAAAUCAAAAAAGACUGUGAAGAUGGAGGCAUGUGUUAGUCCCACCAUGGGAGAUGUCAAGGAUAGGAAAGCUGGAUUCAAAGAGAAGGUGUCCAUGGAUUCUAAAGCCAACAGUCCAAAGGGAAAAAAAAAUCUGUCAAGGCUGCAGCCUGAGAAAGGAAGAAAACUUAGAGCAUGCAUCAACUUUAACACCAAGGAGGAGUGUUGGAGCUAUGGUGUCAAAGCUGCACAAGAGGCAACAAAUGGAAAGAAAGCUGCACAGGUGGUAGCAAAAUGAAAUGAAGGGAGAGCUGCACCAAAGCACAGUAGUAGCAAAGUGCAGCAAACUAUGCUACAAAUGUUAAUGAAAUGAGGUUGUAAUG